AUGCCUGCGAAGGCAUCCACGUCCACACUGAAAUGGUGUCGUGAAGAAGCCGGACCCAUCUUCACAGGUCUUCGACUACUAUUGCGAAGUCAACUCGGUUACGAGGGACGCAAGAUAGAGGAUAAUCUCAGUCACUCCUGUUUGAAACUAGUGGUUGGAGGAGGAUCGGUAAUCGACCCAUCCAGGCCGAAACAAUCUUCACCUUCUACUUGGACUCCUCCGGAGUCUGUGACUGAUGUUUUGCAACGAACAAAUGCUGUAGCUACGGGUAUUCGAACGUACGCUGAACUCAUUGCGAGAGGGAUUUUCCCCGGAACUGGCGGUUAUACAGUUUCAUCGUCUGGUGAGAAAGUAUUCGGCCACAGUAUUUCUCCAAGUCCUAGUGUGAUCGCAGGUCUUAGCAGAUUAGCUGAUCUCAUUUCGAAAGGAUCUAUUGCACUGCCGAACAUUCCGUUGCCGAAUUUGCAGAGGCUUGGAGAAGAGGCUCAGGAGAAACCACUUUUUAAAGAUUCAGAUUUCGUGAAAUCGAAGUUCUCUCCUGGAGCAAAACUCAGCGAUACGCAAACUGAUCUCACCCCUUCUGAGGAGGAGUUUCUAUUGAAAGCUGCUCAAUCCGUAGACGAUAUGGAUGCAGCUGAAAAACUUCGUCAAAAAUCGAGGAACAUCUAUCGGCCAACGCUCCCAGCCAACUACACUGUGACUGCGGAAGAAACUGCUGACAGUUUGUCUAAAAGCAAAGAGAGCAAAGUACCCUCGACGAGAAUUGGACGUCUCGCUUCAUUUGGCCAGUUAGCUGUCGGUCUUGCUGGUGGAGCUGCAGCGGAAGUAACUCGCCGAACUUUGUCGUUUGGGAGCUCGAAAAUUAUCGAAGGGAUGCCAUCGAAUCCAUUUCUUUCUUCAGCAAAUGCCGAUCGAAUUGUGCAAACGUUAUGCAGGGUAAGAGGAGCUGCUCUCAAACUCGGCCAAAUGCUUUCAAUCCAAGACCCGGAUACGGUACCUGCUGCUUUGCUGGAAAUCUUUGAAAGAGUUAGGCACAGUGCAGAUUUCAUGCCCCUUAAGCAGGUGGAGAAACAGAUGAUUGCAUCAUUUGGAAAAGACUGGAGGUCUCAGUUUCGUACUUUCGAAGAUCGCCCAUUCGCUGCUGCUUCAAUCGGUCAAGUGCAUAAGGCUGUUCUUCUAGACGGUAGAAAAGUUGCUGUAAAAAUCCAAUACCCAGGGGUUGCAGAAGGUAUCGACUCGGACAUUGACAAUCUGGUGUCCGUGCUCUCCAUUGGAAACCUCUUUCCUAAGGGAUUGUUUUUGGAGAAAUUUGUUGAGGAAUUGGCAGAAGAAUGUGAUUACAUAAGAGAAGCUCGUGCCAUGAAGAAGUUCCGUGAACUGCUUGCUGAGUCUAAGGAUUUCUUCGUUCCUGAGGUUGUGGAUUCUCUCACGACAAAUCGAGUAUUGACUGCAGAGUAUGUUGUUGGGAAACCUGUGGACAAAUGUGUUAAUGAACCUCAAGUCGUUCGUGAUUACAUCGCUGGGAAAUUCAUUGAAUUAUGCUUACAUGAGAUUUUUGUGUGGAGGUUCAUGCAAACUGAUCCGAAUUGGUCAAAUUUUUUCCUCGGGGUGCAUCCAGUAACAGGAGAACCACGAAUGGUUCUGUUAGACUUCGGCGCAUCACGGCCGUACCGUAAAAAGUUUGUGGAUCUUUACAUGAGAAUAAUUAAAGCUGCUUCAGAUGGUGACACAAAGAGAAUUAUCGAGCAUUCCCGAGAAAUCGGGUUUUUAACUGGUUACGAGACUGAAGUAAUGGAAGAUGCGCAUGCUGAAUCAGUGCUCAUAAUGGGAGAAACGUUGGCAAGCAACCGUCCUUUUGACUUCUCUCGACAGAGUGUUACUAAACGGAUACAUAAGCUAAUACCUGUCAUGUUGGAGCACAGGCUUACUUCUCCCCCCGAAGAGAUCUACUCAUUGCAUCGUAAACUUUCGGGAUCUUACUUAUUAGCCACCAAACUGAAAGCUGUUGUUUCAUGUGGUGGCCUUUUCAAUGAGAUUUACGAUAAUUAUAAAUUCGGUGAAGAUGGGAAAGACAUAGAUAUUGAUUCACCUGCGGAAAGUCUAGAACAGGGGAAGUUGUGA